CAAGCUUUGGAGACUCUCUUCACGUAUCACGCUCACGAUGGAAACGUAUCGAGAUCACUUGAACUCCACGUUCUCGGACGAGAUCUGGGGAGAAUCUCCAGGCUACGUCCUUGCAGACCUCCCUGCCCGACAAUUAUCACUGGAUGAUACCGAAACAAGGUCCUUAAGAAAGAAUAGUAUCAGCAAGAGUAGCAGUACAACUUGGGAUCCCCUUGGAGAAACUUAUACACAGAUUGAACAGACCGAGACCGACUAUCCACGUGAAGCUCAAGCCGGAUCGCCAAGAACGAAAACGUUAUCUGGACAUGUUUGGCAGGCAGUCGCAGCCUCAGUCAUUCUGCUGCUGAAUUUUGUUCUCCUAUUCGUGGUUGCGUUCGGUUUGAGGGAGAAAGGACCAGAUGGCUACCCAGCCAUAGAAACUUCGUCCUGCGACGGUGCCUCCCGCUUGUCUCAAGGAAUACAUUAUGUAAUCAACAUACUCGCAACAAUCCUCCUUGCGGCUUCGAAUUACUACAUGCAACGAUUGAGUUCGUGUACUCGAAGUGAGAUCGACAGAGCUCACCAACGAGGAUCUUGGGCAGACGUCGGAGUUUCCAGUGUACGAAAUAUGCGUUUUAUGAGCUGGGACAGAAUUGUACUGUGGUGGAUCCUGGUGCUUAGCAGUCUUCCCAUUCAUUUGCUAUAUAACUCUGUCGCAUUUGAAACCUCGGGUGGUAAUCUCUAUACCACAGCUGUCGUGUCUUCUUCUUUUAUAGCUUCAGGGAAUCGACAAUUUGUCGAACCCGAUAGCGGCGAUCAAGUUGAUUUUACAAAUUUCAAGAACAUCUCGAAUAGCGAUUGCAUAAAACAAUAUUCCGCUGCGCAGGUGGAGUUUUCCGGGGCGUCUUACCUCACUAGCGGUGGUUCCGUCGUUGCAGUCUCAUCCGAUGAGAAUAUCCCAAGCGAUGUUAUAUUUGCGUUCGGAUCCUCAUCUCAAAAUAUUCUCUGGGCAAGCAACUUUACGACUUCUACUCAAAACUUCACAUCCGUUUUCAACGACACCAAUAUGAUCGAGGCAUACAACGCCGAUACGCAGCAAGAUAUCACCCUUGGGCUAUUAUGGGUCUGCAGAGAUUCCCUCGAUCUUGAUACCUUCGGUGUUGCUGAAAUCGCGGGCUGCAAUCUAAAGUCCUUGGAAAGCGGCAUAUUACCCUGGACUAUCAACGGCUUCCCUAUAUCAUAUUGUCUGGCUGACGAGCAGCCAAUGCGAUGCUCAGUUCAGUUCAGCACUACCAUCUUGAUAGUUGUUGUGGUUAGCAAUCUGCUCAAAGUCACAUGUAUGUUGGCUACCAUAUUCCGAAUCCAGCAUAGGCCUCUUAUCACUAUUGGCGAUGCAAUAGCUUCGUUUGUCGCAAGCAAAGACGACACCACCUCGGGAAGGUGUCUUUUAUCCAAGAAAGAUGUUCAAAGUGGGUCGUAUAUUCGAUUAGAGGGCACAAACGAGUCAAAUAGGUGGAAGAGGCAGCGCAAUCGAUGGUUCCGAAGUGUCAGUUGGAAACGCUGGAGUUUCUUAACAAUAUUAGUCAGUCUUACUUUGGGGGUAUCAAUUUACCUCCUUGCCCUUGGAGUUUACAACAACACAUCUCAAAGCUAUAACACCGGGCUAAAUCAAUUUGGAGCUGGAAACUCAGUGUCAAUUGGACAAGUCGUAUCCAUAUCAGAUGAGCAGUCACCAUCAGUUAUCAAAAUAGUUCUCAUUGCAAACGCACCACAGCUCCUGGUGUCAAUCGCAUACUUCCAGCUAAACGCAAUCAUGACGGCAAUGCUUGCAAACGCGGAGUGGGCGUCUUUCGCCUUCAAGAGAAAGCCACUUCGUCUGUCGUCGCCAAGAGGACAGCAACGCUCGACCUACUGGCUUCAGCUCCCGUAUCGAUACUCUAUUCCUCUGCUUGCCGUCAUGAUAACUCUUCACUGGGCAAUCUCACAGAGUAUCUUCUUAGUAAGAAUGGCACUCUUCCAGGACGGCGAGCAGCUGCCAGAUUAUGGAUUUACUCAACUCGGCUGGACCUCAGGAGCGUUGAUGCUUUCUAUUAUUCUUGGCGGAGUGCUCUACUUUACUUGUGUGAGCAUGGGCGUUUUCAUGCGUUACUCUCCAGGCCUACCGCUGCUUGGUGGCUGUAGCUUGGUCAUAUCUGCGGCAUGUCAUGCUCAACCUGACGACAAAAAUGCCGAGUUAGGUCCCGUUCAGUGGGGUGUAGUUGGUGUGAAUGAGGAUGGUACAAGUCAUUGUGGCUUUGGAAGUAAAGACGUUCGGCUACCUUACGAAGGCGAAAUUUGUACUUAAAUACUUUAUCGUAUCAAAUUGUCAAUCUGGUCGCAAGAUUGGUAGACUUAU